AUGUCCAAGAACUACCAGCAAUUCCUGGCCUUGGUGUUUGCAGUCAGAGAGGUCAACAAGGACCUGGUUCUCCUUCCCAACAUCACCCUUGGCUUCCACAUCUAUGACAAUCGCAGGAUUGAGAGGAGGAUUUCUUUACUCAGCCUCUCCCUGCUCUCCAAACGAGGCCAAGUGGUUCCAGGUUAUAAAUGUAACAGGCGAGACACUCUGCUCUCUGUCAUUGGAGGUCUCAACUCCAAAUCUUCAAGGUUGAUGGCCUCCAUCUUCAGCAUCUUCAAGGUCCCACAGUAUGUGGGCUUAGUCCAGCUGCUCCUGGAUUUCCAGUGGAAUUGGGUUGGGCUUCUGGCCCCACAAAGUGACAAUGGAGAACGUUUCAUCUCAACUCUGACACCAAUGCUCAAGGAGAAGGAGAUCUGCCUGGCCUUCACUGCAAUGUACAAAUACAAUAUUCUUACUAGUACAUGGUUGGAAUUACUUCAUACUUUCAAAACCUGGUCCAAAGCUGAGAGCCCGACCAACCAUGAUGAGGCUUGGAAAGAGGAUCUCAAAUGUCCAGUCAUGGCAGAUGCAGCUCACUGUGAACCCUGCCCAGAAGACCAAUAUCCCAACAAGGACAACGAUCAAUGCAUUGCCAAGAAAAUCCACUUCCUUGCCUAUCAAGAGACCCUGGGAUACAGUUUAGUUUCACUCAUACUUUUUCUCUGUAUGACCACGUCUGCAGUCCUGGUGAUUUUCUAUAAACAUCAUGACACACCAAUCGUCAAGGCCAACAACCGAGAUCUCACCUACAUCCUCUUGAUCUCCCUCCUGCUCUGCUUCCUCUGCUCCUUCUUCUUCAUUGGUCAACCAAGGAAGAUCACCUGUCUUUUACAACAAUCUGCCUUUGCCAUUCUCUUUUCCCUUGCAGUUUCUACUGUCUUGGCAAAGACUGUCAUUGUGGUUCUGGCCUUCAUGGCCACCAAGCCAGGGAACAAGUCAAGAAAAUUGUUAGGAAAACCACUCACCAACUCCAUUGUCUUGGGCUGUCCACUCAUCCAAGCACUUCUUUGUGCCACUUGGCUGGUGAUCUCUCCCCCAGUUCCCAGCUUGGACUUCCACUCCUUGUUUGGAGAGAUUAUCCUGGAAUGUAAGGAAGGCUCAGCUUUAAUGUUUUACACUGUUCUUGUCUACCUAGGGUUUUUGGCCCUUGUCAGUUUCACAGUGGCAUUUCUGGCUAGAAAAUUACCUGACAGUUUUAAUGAAGCCAAGUUCAUUACUUUUAGCAUGCUGGUCUUUUGCAGCGUUUGGAUCAGCUUCCUCCCCACCUACCUCAGCACCAAAGGGAAGUCCAUGGUAGCCGUGGAGAUCUUCUCCAUCUUGGCCUCUGGAGGUGCUCUUUUGGCUUGUAUUUUUUCCCCCAAAUGUUACAUUAUUCUACUGAGACCUGAUCUGAAUUGUAGAGAAAACAUGAUAAGAAACAAGAAUCUCUAA